CGUGCCCUGAGUGGGCAAAUCAUGCUAAUUGUCUGGGAGAGAAACUCAGCGCUAGACCCAAGAUGAAGGCAGAGAGGGAGGCUUCCUCGAAAGCGUCGCCCUUUCCUGCAGUUUUGCUCAACUUGUGUCUUCUCAUUUUUUCCCAGUCAGGUGGGGUUCAGGCGGUAAAUAUCACCAGCCAAGCCUCUCUGAUCAGGGGUACCCUGGGAGGGGAGGCCCUGCUCUCGGUGCGCUACACCAGCACCAGCACCGACCAGCCUGUCAUCAAGUGGCAGCUGAAGCGUGAUAAGCCUGUCACGGUGGUCCAGUCCAUCGGCACCGAGAUCAUUGGGAACCUGCGGCCCGAGUACCGCGACCGCAUCCUGAUCUUUGAGAAUGGUACCCUGCUGCUCCACAACCUGAAGCUCUCUGACGAGGGUGCAUAUGAGGUGGAGAUCUCCAUCACCGAUGACACCUUCACUGGGGAGGGAAGUGUUAACCUCACCGUGGACGAACCAGUGUCGAGACCCUAUGUCCACAUGGUGGCCUCCACUGUGCUGGAGCUGAGCGAACACUUCACUCUCAACUGCUCCCAUGAGAAUGGGACCAAAUCCAUCUACAGCUGGCUGAAGGGGGGGAAGCCACUGACCAAUGACUCACGCCUGCAGCUGUCACCUGAUCAAAAGAUUCUGACCAUCACACGAGUGCUGAUGUCUGAUGAUGAUGUGUACAGCUGCACAGUGGAGAACCCAAUCAGCAGCAUGAGAAGCCCACCCAUCAAACUCACCGUCUACAGGCGGAGCUCUCUUUAUAUCAUCCUCACCACUGGGGGCAUCUUCCUCCUCAUCACCUUGGUAACAGUCUGUGCCUGCUGGAAACCCUCCAAAAAGAAAAAAAGGCAGAGGGACAAACAGAGCACCUCAGAAAGUGCAAGUCAGAAUGAGGCCAAGCAUGAGGUUGAUGUUGUGCCAAAAAUGAAGGGGCAUGAACGGAGGAACCCAGUGGCCCUAUACGUACUCAAGGAACAAGACUCCCCCGAAAGGGAGAACGGGUCUCCAGGCAGCUCACGCAGCCCCUCGGAGCCAAGCAAUCCCCCCAGCUAUGCGAGCUCCCUGCCCCCAUCCUCGCGAUCCCCUGACCCCCCUGCGCGCUCUUCCCGUCGAUAUCCCAGAACCCCCGCCAGCUCCCCGCCUUCUCUCCAUCACAAGACACAUGGGCACCCUGCCGUCUCCCCCCCUCACCCCCGCAGUUCCGGUCGUAUGGCCCGCCCAACAGCGGGUAUACCUACAGUCCAACUACCAGAGGAUCAACCUCCGUCCCCCUUAGAAAAUGGUGCCCAGACGCAGACCCAGACCCAGACCCAAACCUAACCGUCUCCUGUCACCACCCUCCUCCUUGGCACUGCAGGGAUACAUUCUCCCUCAUCUUGUUCAUCAGUAUGCAUGUCAGUGCAUAAGAAAAUAGAAUCACCACACUAGGCCGUUCAGACCAUUUCAGCUUAUCACCUUGCAUGUAGUCUAAAAUGAAACUAUCACUGAGUCAAGUUUAAUCCUGAAGGAUUUCAGGUUCUCUGACUCCACUAUGAAUCCAUGCAAAGUAUUUCUCACAUUAAUAAAUCUCUGUGUUUAAGAAAUUCUUCAUAGAGUCAGUGCAAAAUGUAUGUACUGUAUGUAUAUAUGUUUUUAAGUUCAUCAGCUGCAGAACAGACUCAGAUCUCAGUUCUGUAGCAGAUGCUUUAUGGUCUAAGAGUUAAUUGGACCUGUGUCUACACCCUCUCUUUUACACCCACAACUCGGCAUAAUGGGAACAGUUAGGUCUUAGUGGAUAAUUUUCUCUUCUGACUGCUCCUGUGAAUUUGGGCAUGACCCAGAGAGUUACACAUAUGUUGACAUAGAAAGGUGUUGUUUUUUUUUGCUGUAUCUUGUAUUAGGACGUAUUAAAAUUGGAAAUAGAAGACACGUUUUACUUUAUGUCACUCUCCAUUGUAUCUUUGUAAAUAGA